UCCUGUUCUGACUCCCUCACGCGCUUCUCCGUGUCCUGAAGCCUCUCGUCUCACCUCAGUACCAGCAGCCAUGGCCGAGAUAAAAACAGGCAUCUUCGCUAAAAAUGUCCAGAAAAGGCUAAAUCGAGCGCAGGAAAAGGUACUGCAGAAACUCGGGAAGGCCGACGAGACGAAAGAUGAGCAGUUUGAACAGUGCGUCCAGAACUUCAAGAGGCAGGAGUCUGAAGGAUCGCGGCUGCAGAGGGAGAUGAAGGCGUACCUGGCAGCUGUGAAAGGAAUGCAGCAGGCCUCCAUGAACCUGACCGAGUCGCUGCAUGAGGUGUACGAGCCGGACUGGUACGGGAAGGAUGACGUCAUGACCGUCGGGAAGAGCUGUGAUGCACUCUGGGAGGAUUUCCAUCAGAAGCUGGUCGACUCGUCCCUCAUCACCCUGGACACCUACCUGUCGCAGUUCCCCGACAUUAAAACCCGCGUUUCGAAGAGGAGCAGGAAGCUCAUCGACUACGACAGCGCCCGACACCAUUUAGAGACCCUGCAGGCUUCCACCAUAAGAAAUGACCGUAAAGUGUCCAAGGCGGAAGAGGAGCUUAAAAAAGCACAGAAGGUGUUCGACGACUUCAACGUGGACCUGCAGCAGGAGCUGCCGACCCUGUGGGACAGUCGAGUGGGCUUCUAUGUGAGCACCUUCAAGAACGUCACGCACCUGGAGGCCAAGUUCCACAGAGAAAUCUCCGUGCUCUGCCACAAGCUGUACGAGGUGAUGAACAAACUCGCAGAGCAGCAUUCGGACAAGAUGUUCACCAUCCAGGGAGCUCCUAGCGACUCCGGCCCCCUGCGUUUCGCCAGGACGCCCACGCCCCCGGACGAGUCCCCGCCCGAGAGCCCCGAGGACAGUCCCAACCACACGCUGGCGCCCGGCCCGCACCGACCCAAGUCCCCCUCACUGCUCAAGAAGGGGCCGCCGGUGCCCCCCCCUCCCAAAAUCACGCCCACCACGGAGCUGCACCAGGAGCAGAUCAUCAGCCUGUUCGACAACAACUUCGCCCCCGACGCCGCCCCCGCCCCCGCCCCCGCCGCACAGGCGGUUGACUCCCUGCUGGAUAUGGACUUCGACCCGUUCAAACCUGACUCCGCCGCCCCGAUUGGACAGUCUCAGUCACCCAUGUCCCAGACCCUGCCCUGGGACUUGUGGACGGCUCCCGCUGCUGAGGCUGUCCAGCCUCCUGCCUGUCUGUCUCUGGGUGGCGUGGUUGGUGAGGAGGGCUCUGCGGGUCACAGUGGCGGUGAUGUUACUCACUCCCUCCCCGAGCAGGGUGCCAGCGACUGGGCCGCCGACUUCAGCGGCCUGGGGGCGGGGCAGGAGGCCGCCGCCGCCGCCGCCGACGCCGGGGAGAACGGAGCGGCCGGAGCGGCGGAGGCGCCGGAUUGGCCGCCGGCGGAAGGCUGGGGGACGGAGGCCGCGGCGGCGCCGCUGGCGGAGACCGCGGAGGCCGAGACCGUCGAGGCCGAGAUCGCCGAGACCGCCGAGUCCAAAAUGGCCGACGCGGAGACCGCAGAGAUCGAGACCGCCGCCGAGGACGCGAGCGUCGAGGUCGAGGCCGCCAAAGCCGAGGUUAGCCGCUGGGACCCCGAACAGAGCCUCGACCCACACCCGGGCGCCGACCCCUCCGGGGCUGGGGGUGGCGAGGCGGAGCCGCAGCCAGAGGGGGAGGAGCCGAGCGCGGGGGGAGGAGGAGGGGGGGAGGAGGAGGAGGAGGGCGGAGACCAGGCCAUGCCGGGGAUCAUAUUCACUGACGAGCACGGGCAGGAGAUGCAGGACGUGACGGAGGGGAGCGAGCUGGGCCUGUACGCGGCUCAGGGGGCCGCCGACGGCUCCAAACUCGACUGGGGGCUGUCGGGCCAGGCGGGCUCCGAUUGGUCGGGCUCGGAAUACGAGACGGCGGACGAGUGGGCGGAGAGCGUGGGGCGGAACGGGGGCUGGGCCAGUGCAGAGGAGGAGCCCGAAUCGCCAGAAAGCGCAGGGCUGACCACCGGGGGGGCGACAGAGCAGCCGAGCUUAGACGGGAGCGCAGAGGGGCAGGGGCAGGGGGGCUUUGGGGAUUGGGGGGCGGGUGACCAGGCAGAACCCUUCCAGACCCAGGCAGAUGCUGUCCAGAACAAGGCAAACCUUUUGCAGUCCCAGGCAGAACCCUUCCAGACCCAGGAAGACCUCUUUGAGACUCAGGUAGACCCCUUCCAGACCCAAGAAGACCUCUUCCAGACUCAGGUAGACCCCUUCCAGAACCAGGAAGACCUCUUUAAGACUCAGGCAGACCCCUUCCAGACCCAGGUAGACCCCUUCCAGACCCAAGAAGACCUCUUCCAGACUCAGGUAGACCCCUUCCAGACCCAGGAAGACCUCUUCCAGACUCAGGUAGACCCCUUCCAGACCCAGGAAGACCUCUUUAAGACUCAGACAGACCCCUUCCAGACCCAGGAAGACCUCUUCCAGAAGCAAGCCGGUGAAGAGGACUUGGGGCCAGCGAACGAGACCCGGUUUCAGGCAUCAGAACCAGCUGUCCCCAGUACUGUCCCAGGGCCGGCUGAGCAGAGCUCAGCGGAUCCCUCUGAGGCCGACCCGCAGGCUGACCCGUUCUCCCAAGCCGGCGGCGCCGAGCUGGUGCUCGAUUUCGUGUCCGACCCCUUCGCGGAGCCCCCAGGGGGGGCCGGAGGGGGCUGGGCCUCCGACCCCUUCGCCAGCGAAGGCGGCCAGAUGUGGCCGGAGAACUGGGCCCCGGCGGCGGGCGGGGAGACCUGGGCCUUCCCCAGCGGCUCGGACGGGCAGCCCAACGGCUUUGCGCAGUGGGGGGCGUUUCCCGACCCCCCUGCCAGCGGAGAGGGCGGAGCCGCUGGCAGCGACAGCCCCUGGCAGGAGGUCAGCGCCAGCGGCGGCUUCUUCCCCAGCAGCGGCCCGGGCGAGUUUACCGCCAACUGGGGCGACGGAGACCCGGACCCCUCCGCUGCCCUUUCCCCUGGGCCGGGUCGGGGGGAGAAGGAGGCUGGGGGUCCCGCGAAAGGCCGCCCUGUAGCCCAGCUCGACGCCCAGGGCUCCUGGAUCAACGCCACCGAAGCCGCCCCCGGGCACAGGGACACGGAGAGCUCGGACUUGUCCGAAGACGAGAUCACAAACCGGAGAUUGGGAAGGUUGUACCAAGACGUAGAUACGGAGAAGGAAGAGGUGUCCAACAAUGCACUUAAUGGAGUCACGCAGCCUGAGGCGGGUGCCGCCGCGGUCUCUGCCGAUUCUAACCAGGGUGCGCUCGAGGCGACGUCUGAGCCGGAGGCUGCGGCCCCUGAGGCCGAAACAGAGGCCGCGCCCGAACCCGUGUCCGAGACGGGCGAGGCCCAGGAGCCGCCGGCCGCUGCCGAGGCUUCUGAAACCAGCCCGACCGCGGAAAAACCUGCGGACACCACUGAGGCGGAGGUAGCAGAGCCCGUGGUGAGCCCGGAGGCAGAGUCCCCUGAGAUAACUCCGCCCACUGACGCUGAGAAACAGCCCUGUGAUGAAGCUGCCCUGGAAACGGCUACAACCGAGGAGGUCGAGGUGGGGUCCCCUACCGCAGAGGCUCCGGCCCCAGCAGAGGACAAGGAGUCCCCAAAAGAGCAGACUCUGACUGUAGAGCCAGAAGGGGGGGAGGAAAGCAAACAGGAAGGGGCUGAAGAGACUGAGGCAAAGGAGGAAAAGAUGCCUAUCCCAUCAGUGGUGAUCGAACCUGCUUCCAGCAACGAGGGUGACGAUGACCGCGACGGCGACAUCACUUCCCCCACUGUGUCCACUGGCAAUGGGGUGACCCCUGAGAGUCAGCCAGGGCCCCCUGGGAUGCCCCCUGGAUUCCUCUAUAAGGUGGAGGCGCUGCACGACUUUGAGGCGGCCAACUCCGACGAGCUAGAACUGAAGAAGGGGGACGUGGUGCUGGUGCUCCCCACAGAGAACGUGGAAGAUCAGGAUGCCGGCUGGCUCACAGGAAUCAAGGAAUCUGAUUGGCUCCAGCAGGGAGGCACGGCCCCAAAAGGACUUUUUCCGGAAAAUUUCGUCCAGCGCUCGGAGUGAGAAGCCGAGCCGCGAAACGGCAGUUGGCGAGAACCCAGUGACUUCCAGACCGGACCGGGCAUUUCAGCCCGCUACCGCCCGUACAGACGAAAAGGCUUUAUCAGGCAGACGCGGGUUCGUUUUUUUAAUUUAUUUUAUUUGUAAAGGAAAUGAACAGUGAUCAAAGAGAAUGACCAGCUGUGUGGACUUAACGGCCAACCGCCCUCAGAAACAAGUCGUUGAGUGUUUUCGUUUGUAUACCUGUAAGCGGCGAAUAAAUUUGGUGUGUGCUUUGUUGGAGCUACGACGACGUCCACAUUUAAUCCCUGUCUGUUAAAGGAAAACAAGAAAGUGAAAUUCCUUCUUUGAAAAACGAUGACCUUAUCUUCCCUACACUAAGUGUGUUGUAUAAAUUUGGUUGUUCGAGGAUGCAGCGGAUUUUUUCAGCCCUUGAUAUGAGUAGUGGUACGACCUAUUUAAAAAGUUUGAAAGUGUUACAUGAAUUUUUUUCAGUGUUUUAUUUCUGACAUCAAUGUUACAUUGUUGCAUCAUUGUUAACGUUCCUCUGUAGUUUCAUGGCUGAAUGUGUACGGCUAAGAUGAUAUUUGGUACACUUGGUGUUGAUUUUGUUAAUGGACAAGACUUGCUACUCUUUUGCCAAAAAAAUUAAAUAUAUAUAUAUAUAUAUAUAUACAUUAUGAAAUGAAAUUUACAAAAAAAUUAUUAUAAACCAAGCUGUUAACGAAAUAUCUUUGAGAGGAAAAAAUGUGGACCAAGCAGAUUAAACUUUUCAAACAUAAUCUCAAUACAAGCUCCUUACCUGAACACGAGAGAGAAAAAAAUAUAUAUAUACCUUCACAUAAAUAUUUACCAGCACAUGAAAUAUAUAAUUCAAACCGGGUCAUCCUAUGGAAUUGUAUAAAGGCAUUCAUUUAUGAAUAACAGCAAUUAUGCAUAAUAAUAUAUUCACCUUUGCAUUUCUUUGAAGUCAAAGAUCACAGGAAUGGUGCUAGGGUGAAAAAUCAAGUAUGCAAUACAUGUAACCAUUGAUAUUGUUUCCAUAGUUGCACUGUUCAGUUUUCAAGAAGUCCAAUGGCAUUUCAGUGUACGUGCAGUCAGUGCUCACAUUAGAUUUUUUUUGUUUUUGUUUUUUUUUGUAAUGUACAUAUCUGUGGUUAUUUAUCUAAAGGUAAAUAAAGAAUAGUUACUAAUUA